AUGGUCAACAACAAGAAACGAAAACUUCUGGAUACAGAAGCCGUGACCUCCUGCCUGCAUCUGCGCGGUACCAGUGAAAGCGCAGUUUUGGCUUGUCACAAUAGGACCGCAAAGAACGAGGAGAAAUGGAGCGUUGGUACUUUCUGGCGCCGUGUCAGUCAGUACUACGCCCCUCUUCGGAAGUGCUACAGCCGCUGCAAGCUGCAAGGAAGCCGUGGCUCCGAGCUUGACUUCUGGGUGGCUGACAUAAGAACGAUGCUGCAGGAAGUCGUGGCUAAAAGCUCAGAAUGGUGCUCCUUCCUGCAGGCAGUCCUCGCGACGACUGCAACUCUUCACGUCGUGUUGUAUCACGACGAGUGCACUGCAGGCAACAUCUUGAAUCCCCAGAAGAAGCUCAAGGCAACCAUGUGGUACCUGAGUUUUAAAGAGUUCCGCAGUGUUUUCGCCAGGGAAAAUGCUUGGCUGCCCGUAGCGAUGCUGCAGCAUCGCGUCGCCGAUGCCGUGCUGGGCGGUGUCUCAGCUGCCACGGUCAAGGUCCUGCAGCAUAUCCUGCAGGCUGGCAACUGCAGGGACGGCUUCGACCUGAACAUGGGUGCCCAUGAUGCCCAGUAUCGGGUUCACUUGGCUCCUACAAGCUUCUUCCUUGCAGAUCACGACGCCCAACGUGCAACAUACUGCAAUAAAGGCAGCAGCGGCUACAAGCCCUGCCUCUGGUGUGCAAAUGUGCUGAAGCGCGAUGCGCCAGAGGCCUCAACUGCCUCUGGAAGUUUUGUUGACAUCUGCGAAAGCAGAUUUUCCAGCUUCCAGAUCGCGUCUGACGCUGAGAUCUUCGCCGCGGCGGAUCACUUGGCUACAAUUGCCAAAGCAGGGGAGCGCGCCACAAUGGAGAAAGCAUACGGUGUGAACUUUGUGCCAGGCUCACUGCUUCAAGAUGCGGAGGCUCGCCAGCUGAUGCCUCCCUCUGGCGCGUGCAAUGACGUUCUGCAUGCCUACUUUUGUAACGGGGUCGCGUCGUGGGAGGUGGGACUCGCUAUGCGCGAGCUCCAAAGCAUCAGCGAUCUGGAUGCCUUACGCUACAUCGUCUACAGCAGCAGCAUCAAGAAGCCUGGCCACAGGACCUUCAAAUCCUACGUCGGUCUGCACCAGAAAAAGCUGGUCAAUGACAGUUCAAGGUUCCAGAUCGCAGUGCUGCCUCGCUUGCUCAAUGUCACGCUGCGCGAGUCUCAGGAAUAUGGCUUACUCUUGGCACCGGAGUUGCAGAAGCCAUUGCGAGCAGCAUCCUCCGAACUGCGAGCCUUUGCCGGCGACCCCGAGCUCCAAUCCGGCAAAGCACUGCGCUUGGGCACACUGCUGAUCCGGCCCCAAGACGUCAUUAUGUGGGAUGCUAAAGCUGCUCAAGUGCUGGAAUGCUUCCGAGGAAGAUCCGGCUUCUGUGUGCUCACACUGCGGCUGCAGCUUCUACAGAAAAAAGCUUGGGGGUCCGUCUGGCAAAUUACUGACAGACGGACCUUGCUGCCCCUCAGUCCUUCUGCAGACAUCGAUGUGCCGACAUUCACGAAGCGUGUAGGCAUGACGAUCUCCUGUCUGCACUGA